CAAUCAAACAGCUUAACGGUCCCACCUACUAAUGUGACUGGCAAUUAUUUACUUUGGAGAGCCAUGAAAGACACCAACAGAUUGCCGAAUUCUGAAUCAUCUAUAAAUCCAUCUCCCCAUCACUCAUUUCCUGAUUUCCACACUAUAAAAAAGGCUGCCUUCUCAGCAAAGUAAGGAGACCACGACAGCUGCCAGGACCUCUGAGAAGCCAGAUACUGAAUGAGAGGAUGUUUCAAAUUGGGAGCCUCGUUGUCCUCUGUGGGCUGCUGGCCCAGACCACGGCCCAGCUGGAAGCCCUGCCCGUGCCCCUGGGUCAGACUGUGCCCUUGGCUGUGACUCCAGCCCUGGCCCCGAGUCCCCCAGAUCUUGCUGGAAGCUUGACAGGUGCUCUCAGCAAUGGCCUGCUCUCUGAGGGUCUGUUGGGCAUUCUCGAAAACCUUCCUCUCUUGGACACCCUGAAGACCGGAGGGAACGCUCCCAGUGGUCUGCUGGAGGGCCUGCUUGGGAAAGUGACUUCACUCACCCGUCUCCUGAACAACAUCAUUGAGUUGAAGAUCACUAACCCUCAGCUGCUGGAGCUUGGCCUCGUGCAGAGCCCUGAUGGCCAUCGUCUCUAUGUCACCAUCCCUCUGGGCAUGAUCCUCAAUGUGAAAACGUCCUUGGUGGGGAGUCUGUUGAAGCUGGCUGUAAAGCUAAACAUCACUGUGGAACUCUUAGCUGUGACAGAUGAGCAGAAGCAUGUCCACCUGGUUGUUGGCGACUGCACUCACUCCCCUGGCAGCCUGCAAAUCUCCCUGCUUGAUGGAUUGGGCCCCCUCCCCAUUCAAAGCUUUGUUGACAACCUCACCAGCAUCUUGAAUGAUGUCCUUCCUGGGCUGGUGCAAGGCAAGGUGUGCCCCCUGGUCAAUGCAGUUCUCAGCCGCUUGGACGUCACUCUGGUACAUUCCAUUGUCAAUGCACUGAUCCACGGGCUACAAUUUGUCAUCAAGGUCUAAGACUUCCAGGAACAGACCUGGCCUCUGCUGAGCUGAACCGUUUCCUGAGGCUGGAUUCACUGCCUGCCCGAGGGCUCACAGAAGGCUUACCCAUGUUCUGGACAAUGACACAGCCAUGUUGGGAGACCAGAGCAGCCUUCUCACCAAGGAAACUUCUCCCUUUGCUUUCCCACCAAGCAUGUGUCAUUCCUCAUUCAUCACCAAAUAAAACUGCCCUUUCUCU